AUUUUCUUUUAAUAUAGCACUGAGCAGUUAAUUUUCCUGUCGAAGAAGUCUAGUCUAUACCAAAAACAGAAAAAUAUACAUAAUGUCUGACGUUGAAGAACAACAAAUUGUCGAAGAAGUUGCCGUUGAACAAGUUGAAUCCGGUUCCAUCUCCAUCGAAGACGCUUUGAAGGUUGUCUUGAGAACUUCUUUGGUUCACGAUGGUUUGGCCAGAGGUUUAAGAGAAGCUUCCAAGGCUUUGUCCAGAGGUGAAGCUCAACUCUGUGUCCUCUGUGACUCUGUUACCGAAGAAUCCAUCAUUAAGUUGGUUGAAGCUUUGUGUAACGAGCCAGAAGAAUCCAUUCCAUUGAUCAAGGUCUCUGACGCCAAGUUGUUGGGUGAAUGGGCUGGUCUUUGUCAAUUGGACAGAGAAGGUAACGCCAGAAAGGUCGUUGGUGCUUCUUGUGUUGUUGUCAAGAACUGGGGUGCUGACUCUGAAGAAAGAAACAUCUUGUUGGAACACUUCUCUCAACAAUAGAUUAUUUAACUUACUAUAUAGCAAAGAUAAGUACCUGAUUGGAUUGGAUUCACAUUGUUAUUAGAUGGAUUCAUUGACUUUUAAUUAAGUUGAUUUAGUAUCUAAUUCUAAAUGCCUAUGACAUGAAGGAUUUUGUAUAAUACAUAAAGUUCAAGUUAAU